AUGGCCUCCAAGUAUGCGUUCAAUGCGGGGCUGAAGGAGCUGAGGUUCCUAUUCUGCCAGACCAGCGAACACAGCGCUGCGACACGGAGCUUCCUCCAGCGCAGCUAUCCCACCAUGAAGAAGCACAACCCGCACACGCCCAUCCUCAUCCGCGAGGCCCACGGCUUCGAGCCCACUCUGUUCGCAAGAUACAACUACGGAAAGGAGACAAAAGUCCCGCUAAAGGGCCUGGACGACAAGUCGAUCGAGCAGAAGGUCACCGAGCUCGUGCAGGCUUCGACCGCAUAG